UUUUUUUUUUUAUACUCCCUUUUUUUCUUUCUUUUUUUUUAUUCCUUUACACUAUUCUAGUUUUGUACCUUUUUUUUAAAAAAAAAUAAACAAUCGUAUUUUUGAUCCAUGCUGAAUAAAGCGAAAGGACGAUGAAGUUUGCCAAAAAAAUAGAAACAGAAGCGAUCGAAUUACCAGUGAAUUGGCGACCUUAUUUGAUCAAAUACCGUAGUCUCAAGAAGUCUUUACAUUUUGUGGUAGAAGAACUUUUGGCAAGAGGCUUAUCUCCGCAAUUAUUAUCUGAUCAACAACAAGAAAAUUGGACUUUAGUUUACGCUGUGGAUGGUGACACGAAGAAUCAACCUCAUCCUUGUAUCAAGAUUAUGGUAGAUGAUCCAGCUUCCUUUUCUUUAAAUAAACAUGAUGUGAUCCAUCAAAUGAUACCUUCUAUACCUGAUAUAUCCAUCGAUGUUAACCAACCUUUCCAAUACAAGAUUGAUCUUAUCAAAGACAUGGAAUUUUUUCGUUUAUUGUUAAAGGAACUUGAACAAGCCGUGGCGUUAUAUGAUUUGGAAAAACAACGAUUUCUUACUGCUGUACAAGAUUUGGAAAGUCUUCUUUUGGUAGCAGCUUCACCUCAUAAAAAGGAUUUAUAUGUAUGGCGUGAAAUCUUUCAUCUUUAUUUAUCAAGGUGUCCACUAGAAAAGAAUUGUCAAGAUUAUGAAAUUUGUAAAGCACGCUUGAUGCUUCUUUCAAAUGAUAUCAAACAAAGAAAAUUGGAUAAACGUUUAUCAUCACGUAGAUCCAAAACUGCCUUUGGUCAAUUCCUAGCUAUCAAUCAACAAAUCAAUAUCUUUCAACGUUUUCAAUCACUCAAUACCACGGCCAUGACCAAAAUAUUGAAAAAACAUGAUAAACGAAGUGGAUUAUCAGCCAAAUCUGAAUUCCCAACAUUUGCCAAAAACAAUUCUGUAUUUCUUCAAGAAGUAGAUAUGGCUCUUUUUCAAUUAAUUCAAUCAAAAAUCAUUUCUAUUGUACCUCAACCUGAUGAUUAUGCUUGUCCAGUGUGUUAUGGUAUUACAUGGCGACCUAUUCGAUUACAAUGUCAUCAUGUAUUUUGUGUUCGAUGUUUGAUCAAGGCUCAUAGGAAACGUUUAUAUGAUUGUCCUCUUUGUCGAGAAGAAAUGGCGGUAGGUAAUGCUGGUGCAAGUAAUUUGGACAAGGAUCUUCAAGAUUUUUUAUUACUCUACUUUCCCCGUGAAAUCAAGGAAAAACGUAAUGAUAAUGAAAAGGAUCAAAUGGACAAGACGGGAUCUAUAUUACAUUCACCUUAUCGAUCAUCUUCUAUUCAUUCUUCCCCAUCCUCUAAUUGUACUAUUAUGUAGUGUAUUAUUAAAUAAUAAAAAAUUGUAUAUAAC